AUGAUGGAGGAAGUUCAGCAGCCAGCAAAUAUCAUCCAGGAUAUGGACGGUAGACGUUACAUAGAACUAGGAUAUGACUGCUACGCUGAAUUGGUCGGUGAAAAUGCAGCAGCUGUUGCGGAUGUUUCUGAGGUCGAAAAUCAGCAGACUAAUCCAUCACCAGAAGUCGUAGGUCAUCUCAACGGCGAACUCGAGUUAAUCAAAACUAGACUUGAUGGGAUCGAAACCAAAUUGGAGAAAUUAGUUCUGUUUAUGGCGAACAUCGAUAAAUUAAUGUCAACGAAAAAAUCCGGAUCAACAGCACCUGAGAAAAAAGGAAACCAAGAAUGCUUUUUGGAAUUUGCUGAUCUAUGUCCAGUUCAAGAUGAGAACAGAUUGAAAUUGUUGGAGAAGAACUUGAAUGAUAGCAUGUACACUGACAAGUUAUACCGUUUCUUCCAUACCGAAUACAGUUUGAACGGGAAGUGCGAAGGAUCUCCGUUCUUCAAAACUGUCAUGAGAAGAAUGCUUGUGCCAACUAUUCUUCUACCAUUCUCAUGGAAAGGGUUUUCAAGAAAGGUUCCUGGGCCAGAAUCUACAGCGGAUAACAGAAGCUUCAAGGAAACUUUUCCAGGAUUCGUUGCAUUCAUACAACGCAUUGUAUGUGCUGCUGAUAUUGUACACACUGUGGAGGCCAACGACGCUUGCUUUAGCCGUCAGAAAAAUAUUGAGGUUCAACGAUUUCUGGAAGGUAAGCAAGGUCGGCGGGCAAACUGUACUCGUCAACGAAAGUGUUUUUCGAAGGAUGUUGCAAACCGUGAAGAUUCAGAUUCAACGGCUGGUCUGGAUGAUGUCCCACUUAAAUCUAAUUAG